GGCGGAGCUUCUAUCUGGGUAAAGUGCAUUUUGAUCGAUUUCCGCAAUGGGUGUGAAGUUUUUCAACUACGUCUUGAUUUUGUGGAUAUGUCUGCAUACCGCGACGAAAUCAACUGCAACUAUAACCCAAGCAGAUGUGGAGUCCUGCAUAACGGACGUGAAGAAACGUCUGGCAACCCAACAGACCACCACUAAAAAACGUUUCGAAGAGCUGAGAAUCCGAAAAAUGAACGACAUGAAGGAGCAACAAAAAGAAAGAUACGACAAUUUGAUCGCUUAUAUCCAAAACGAAAAGAACAUACUUUCGACACUAAAACAGUCGGCGAUUCAGGACGAUUUCAACGUGACCAUGUGCAACGAUACGUCUCUCGUUUACGACCUGAUAUCGACUUCCUUCAGGUCGAGCGGUGACGCCAUUCUGGCCGAAUAUAAGGGAGUUGUCGACAGGAACCACACGCAGAACUCCCUUCUCGUCGAUAGAUUAGCUCUGAACUACCAACAACUGGAGAAGAAGCUUGCUUCAUGUCAGCAACAGACUGAAAAAUUGGAUUGUUUCGAUGAGGUAGAGGACGACUGCGAGAUCAUCGUUUUCAAAAACGACAUUUUCGAUCAGGAAUCCUCAUAUUACGCCGACGCAGAAAAGAUUUUCGGAGUUUUCAAAUCGAAGAUAAAUGCUUUGUACGAACGCAAACUCAGAGAGGUUCAAUCGUUCUCCAGUGAUAUGAAGUCGUGCUAUAAAAGUGUUAAAAAUAUCAAUACAACGACGACAAUUGAUGUGACUGAUAGUGGGGUGUCUUUUCACCCUACCAAACUACUCGUAAUACUACCACUUUUGUACAAGGUUUUCUUAUAAACUAUAAGCAAUCUGAAUAAAAUCGUUUUUUUU